CGAUUGCUACAAAUUGCUACAGUGGCCCCGGGUAUCGCUACAAGUGUCCGGCGCUUCAAUCUCAGAUCUCAGCACAGACAGGCCACCAUCACUGUUACCGUUCCCCAGGACACAAACCUGUUGCAAAUCCCUCCUGCCCACCUUACUCUCCCUUGUGCUCCCUUUCGCCUGUUUAUUUUAUUGUUGUUAAUUUCGGUGGAGUGUUAUCCCUUCUGUAGAAGUCGCUUUCCAGAAUGCCAGCUGACACCAUGGAGAAACCUUCUAUUUCCCCCACGGUUGGCUCAUCAGCAAACUCCCCGCAAACUCCGGAUAAACCUAAAAGUGCAAGUGAGAACAGAAAGUCUUCCAAACCCAUCAUGGAAAAGCGGCGCAGAGCAAGAAUCAACGAGAGUUUAAGUCAACUUAAAACCCUGAUCCUGGAUGCACUGAAAAAAGAUAGUUCCAGGCAUUCCAAAUUGGAGAAAGCUGACAUCCUGGAAAUGACAGUGAAACACCUUCGAAAUCUUCAACGCGUACAAAUGACCGCAGCGUUAACUGCGGAUCCAACGGUCUUCGGUAAAUACCGAGCGGGAUUUAACGAGUGUAUGAACGAAGUGACUCGCUUCCUGUCUACCUGUGAAGGGGUUAACACCGAUGUCCGCACCCGGCUCCUCAGUCACUUGUCCAGUUGCCUGGGACACAUGGUGGCCAUGAAUUACUCGCAGGCUCCGGCCAACGUUGCCUCGGUGCCGGGAGCUCACCUGAACCAGCCCCUCCACGUCCAGCUCCCGGCUACAGUCCCGGCUGGCGGCGGGGUCAGCGUGCCGUGCAAACUGAGUCCGGCCGAGGCCGCCUCCCCCAAGGUCUACGGUGGCUUCCAGCUGGUGCCGGCCACCGACGGUCACUUCGCCUUCCUGAUCCCGAACCCGGCGUUCGCAUCUUCCAGCGGACAGAUUACAACCGGCCCGGUCAUCCCACUCUACGCCAACGCUAAUCUCCCGGUGGCCGUCAGUUCAGCGGCGGCUGCACCCCCCAACUCCAAACUGACAUCUCCCGUCCAGGGAAUGACUUCGGCUGCGUUCGGGCCCAACAUCCCCGGAGUUUCCCAGAACCAUAGCCUGCUCGGAGUGAGCACAGGUCCGGACAACUCCGAGUCAGUCUGGAGACCUUGGUGAAUCUGAAAGGACUUGUUUUUAAAAUAAAAAUUUUAAACUGGCCAGUUAAACCUGUUCCAUUGUUCGGGACACUUGUACUUAUCAUUAUAAGACACUUAUUUAUUUUGGGUGUAAAUAAUGUAUACUUUUUUGUUUCCAUGUAACUGAUUUUGAUUAUUUUACUGUUUUGGGGGGGAAUUCUUUUGAUAGAUUUUUGAACCUAUUAUAGGUGCCAUAUACCAAAGUCAUUUUUUUGUAAAUUU